UCCAAAUUUCCCCCAAAUUAUUCUUUGUCGCAUUGAAUUAGGGUUUUUCAAUCCUCUGUCUGAUCGACAAUCUCACGCUCGCCAACCACCUCAUUUUCGUUUGUAUUGUUAUGUACAUUUGCAGGCAAUAUAAAUGGGAAACAAAUCAAAGAAUUCUGCUGAUGAUAAGAGGUUCAAUGUAAAAUGGACGGAACAUUGGGAUACCGUCUUCGUUGACGCUCUUGUGCACCAACAAAGCAUGGGAAACAGGGUUGAUAAGGUUUUCACUACUGCGGCUUAUAAUAACAUCGUGACAGAACUGCGCGAUAAACUUGGCGAGCCGUUUCAGAAAGAUCACUUGAAAAAUCGUAUGAAAACUCUUAAACAUCAUUUGAAGGAGUGUCACUACCUUUUUGGUGGUAUUAGUGACUUUACAUGGAGUCCAGAGACAAAAUUGUGGACUGCGGAGCCUGAAGUGUGGAAAGAUCUAAUUCAGGCGAGACCCGAUGCAAGAAAAUGGAUGUUUACACCCAUACCGAACUAUGAUAAGUUAUUGCUGCUUUUUGCAAAUGAAACUGGUGACAGUUUUGCUAUGUCAAAGGAUGAAGGAAAUCCAAGGUUUAACUGGAGGAGUGGCAGCGAUUUGAAUUGUGCUGCCGAUCAUGUCAUGUCGCAAAACGAUGUGACUCUUACAUUGGAGGACUUAAACGGUACAAAUGACGGAAAUGAUCUGCUGCCAACUUCAGCAGAAGCAAAUUCUCAAAUUGAUAUUCAGCCACCUUCUCAGUCUGCUACUUCUUCCAAAGGCAAGAAAAGAAAGGCUACUAGGAAUUUUGACUUUGAGAGAGAGCUUUCGAGCGUAAGGGAUGCAAUCAAAGAUGUCGCCGCAGCAAUUAGGGAGGGAAAUGCCAUAGCAGAGAGGAGUCGGCCCCAUGUUUAUUCAGAGCAGGAAGUGUUCAGAGAACUCGUUAACAUAGGCAUUGAAAAGCAGUUGCGGUUUAGGGCUUACACCUUCCUAAUUGCGAAUGCUAGAAGGGUUCGAGCCUUCUUUGGAUGCCCGGUCGGGGAGCGCAAGGAAUUCCUGUUGCAGAUGAUGUAUAGUCCUCAGGACUGUUGACUGACUUCAUAUAGUUGCAGAUAGAUAAGCUGGUGAAGGUUUUCAAAUGUAAAUGAAGGAUUGAUCUUCUAUGAUUGCAGAUGGUUCUUUUUGUUGUUUGGAAAUCAAUUAAAUUGAUAAAAGCAAUAGAUUAACAUUCAAUGUAAACUUUGUGCUACUUAAUCUUAAAAACAAUACUGGGGCUUUUAUUUGAUGAUAAGAAAAGCUAGUAUUAU